CUCCCCCGCCCGUCGACAUCGCGAGAACCCGGCCUGCGCUCUUGUAAUGGCGGCGCUGUGGGUGCGCUCCCAGUAACGUCCAACACGCUCGUCUCACCCUCCCCUCCCCUCCCCGUUGGGGAGGAAUGAAGGAAGGCUCGCUCUGCGUGUGCUUAAUGUAGCAGGCCCUGUUGGAUUGACAGUAUGUAUGCAGUCUAUCGCCAGGUGCAUCCCCCGUCGGGGCUCGAGUUUGCCAUCUACUGCAGCUUUUUUUCCAAUGCAGAGCGAAAUCUGGUGGUGGCUGGGACAUCCCAGCUGCAGGUUUACAGACUGAUUCACGAUGCAGAGAGCACAGUAAAAGGAGACAAACCUUCAGAGGUUAAAGGCCGUAAAGAAAAGCUGGAGCAGGUGGCGUCUUUUUCACUGUUCGGUAAUGUGAUGUCAAUAGCCAGUGUGCAGCUUGCAGGCUCCAAACGGGACGCACUCCUACUCAGUUUCAAGGAUGCCAAGCUGUCUGUGGUUGAGUAUGAUCCGGGGACACACGAUCUGAAAACACUCUCGCUACACUAUUUUGAAGAGCCUGAGUUAAAGGAUGGUUUUGUGCAAAAUGUUCACAUUCCCCUGGUGCGAGUGGACCCAGAUGGGCGUUGUGCAGUCAUGCUGAUUUACGGAACACAGCUGGUAGUCUUGCCUUUCCGGAGGGACACCUUAAGUGAUGAGCAGGAUGGCGUCAUGGGGGAGGGGCAGAAAUCCAGUUUCCUUCCCAGUUACAUCAUUGACGUUCGAGAGCUGGAUGAAAAGUUGCUGAAUGUGAUCGACAUGCAGUUCCUCUACGGUUACUAUGAGCCCACUCUACUCAUUCUCUAUGAACCGAACCAGACAUGGCCUGGUCGAGUGGCAGUGCGACAGGACACCUGCAGUAUUGUGGCCAUCUCUCUGAACAUCAUGCAGAAGGUUCAUCCUGUCAUCUGGUCUUUGACCAACCUACCAUUCGACUGCACCCAGGCCCUGGCUGUACCGAAGCCCAUAGGUGGCGUGGUCAUCUUUGCUGUGAACGCACUGCUCUACCUGAACCAGAGUGUCCCGCCCUAUGGAGUCUCCCUGAACAGUCUGACCAAUGGUACAACGUCCUUCCCGCUACGGAUUCAGGAAGGCGUGAGGAUUAUGCUGGACUGUGCUCAGGCUGCCUUUGUGUCUUACGACAAGAUGGUCAUUUCCUUAAAAGGAGGCGAAAUCUAUGUGUUGACGCUGAUAACUGACGGAAUGAGGAGUGUCCGUGCGUUCCACUUCGACAAGGCAGCGGCUAGUGUCCUUACCACUUGUAUGACCACACUGGAGCCAGGCUAUCUGUUCCUUGGAUCCCGUUUGGGGAAUUCGCUUUUGCUUAGAUAUAUCGAGAAGCUGCAGGAACCUCCAAUGGAUGUCGGAAGAGAUCGGGAGAAGCAGGACGAACCUCCCAAUAAAAAGAAACGUCUGGAUUUGUCUGCCGGCUGGAUUGCUGGGGAUGUUUCUCUGCUGGAUGACAUGGACGAGAUUGAAGUGUAUGGGAAUGAAGCCCAGUCCGGUACUCAGCUGGCCACCUAUUCCUUUGAGGUCUGCGACAGCAUAUUGAACGUUGGUCCUUGUGUAAAUGCUUCAAUGGGAGAACCUGCCUUCCUUUCCGAAGAGUUUCAGAAUAAUCCAGAACCUGACCUGGAGAUAGUUGUAUGUUCGGGGUACGGGAAGAAUGGUGCACUCUCCGUUCUACAGCGAAGUAUCCGGGCUCAGGUGGUCACGACCUUCGAGCUUCCAGGUUGCCACGACAUGUGGACCGUUAUUGCCUCUGCUGUGAAAGAUGAAGUGAACACAAAGGAUCAAACGGGUGAUGGCGAGAAGGCAGAGAAAGACUCCAAAGAGGUCACUCCAGAGGAAGAUGGGAAGAAACAUGGUUUCCUCAUUUUGAGUCGAGAGGAUUCAACAAUGAUACUACAGACCGAUCAGGAAAUCAUGGAGCUGGAUGCCAGUGGUUUUGCCACACAGGGGCCGACCAUUUUUGCAGGCAACAUCGGAGACAAUAAAUACAUUGUGCAGGUUUCGCCGCUGGGAAUUCGCUUGCUGGAAGGUGUGAACCAGCUGCACUUCAUUCCCGUGGACCUGGGCUCGCCGAUAAUGCACUGUGCGGUGUGCGAUCCCUAUGUGGUGAUAAUGAGUGGGGAAGGGCAGGUCACGAUGUUUGUUCUGAAGCCAGACGCAUAUGGUGGAAAUAUCCACAGACUGACCAUGCAGAAGCCGCAGAUACACAUGUUGUCGAAGGUGAUAGCCCUGUGUGCGUAUCGAGACAUCAGUGGCAUGUUCACCACGGAGAGCCGAGCCUCCGUCGCAAAGGAAGACAACAUGAGAGGGAGUCAGUCAGAGUUGGAAACCAUGAUAACCAAUAUCAGCACCACCGUGGACGAUGAGGAGGAGAUGCUGUACGGAGAGUCGGGGUCAGCAAUCUUCAACCCUCCGAAGGAGGAGCCCAGCCGCACCUCCGUGCCCAUGGCGGACAAAGAGCCGUCGCAAUUCAAAAUAGACCCCACAAACUGGUGCAUGCUGGUGAGGGAGAACGGCGUGAUGGAGAUCUACCAGCUGCCCGACUGGCGCCUGGUUUUCCUGGUGAAGAACUUCCCAGUGGGUCAGCGUGUGCUGGUGGACAGCUCGUCUGGGCAGCACGUCACCCAGGGGGAGAUAAAGAAGGAGGAAUUUGCCCGGCUGACAGAGAUGCCCGCUGUGAGAGAAGUCCUGUUGGUGGGGCUCGGCAAUAGACAGACGAGGCCUUUCCUCCUGGUUCACGUGGAGCAGGAGCUUUUGAUCUACGAGGCCUUUUCCUACGAUGCACAACAAAGUCAGAACAACCUGAAAGUUCGUUUUAAAAAGGUGCCACAUAGCAUAAACUUCAGAGAGAAGAAGCUCAAACAGUCCAAGAAGGAGAAGAAGGUUGAGUCGGCCACGGGCGAGGAAGUGAUCGUUGCAAAAGCACGGGUUGCUCGCUUCCGCUACUUUGAAGAUAUAUCUGGAUACUCGGGGGUGUUCAUCUGCGGACCUUCCCCGCACUGGCUGUUUAUGACCUCGCGAGGGGCGCUGCGUCUGCACCCCAUGACAGUCGACGGGCCCAUCGAAUCCUUUGCCCCCUUCCACAACGUCAAUUGCCCAAAAGGCUUCCUGUACUUCAACAAGCAGGGUGACCUUCGAAUCAGCGUGCUGCCCACCUACUUGUCCUACGACGCACCGUGGCCUGUGCGAAAGAUCCCCUUGCGCUGCACAGCACACUACGUAUCUUAUCAUGUGGAAACUAAGGUAUACUCAGUAACUACGAGCGUGACGGAGAUCUGUAACAGAAUACCAAAGAUGACGGGGGAGGACAAGGAGUUUGAGAACGUUGAACGUGAUGACCGCUACAUCUAUCCAAUGCUGGAGAAGUUUUCGAUUCAGUUGAUGUCUCCUGUCAGUUGGGAAGCCAUUCCUAAUACCAGGAUUGAAAUGGAGGAAUGGGAACACAUAACCUGCAUGAAAACCGUGUCCCUGAGGAGCGAGCAGACGGUGUCGGGACUGAAGGGUUACAUUGCCGUGGGGACGUGCCUGACCCAGGGCGAGGAGGUUACCUGCAGGGGCCGGAUCCUGAUCCUUGAUGUGAUUGAAGUUGUCCCUGAACCCGGGCAGCCUCUGACCAAGAACAAGUUCAAGGUGCUGUACGAGAAGGAGCAGAAGGGCCCGGUGACUGCCCUGUGUAACUGCAAUGGUUACUUGGUGUCGGCGAUCGGACAGAAGAUAUUCCUGUGGAGCCUGAAGGACAACGACCUGACGGGGAUGGCGUUCAUCGACACGCAGCUCUACAUCCACCAGAUGAUCAGCGUGAAGAAUUUCAUCAUGGCGGCAGACAUCAUGAAGAGUUUCUCCAUCCUUCGCUACCAAGAGGAGAGUAAAACUCUGUCCCUUGUCAGCAGGGAUCCGAAGCUUUUGGAGGUUUACAGCGUGGAAUUCAUGGUGGACAAUUCUCAGCUGGGAUUCCUCGUGUCUGACCGUGAGAAGAAUCUCCUGGUGUACAUGUAUCAGCCUGAAGCGAGGGAGAGUUACGGAGGGACUCGCCUGCUGCGGAGAGCUGACUUCAACGUGGGCGCUCACGUCAACGCCUUCUGGCGAACUCCGUGCCGCGGCAUCAUGGACGGCUCCAAUAAGAAGAACCUGGCGUGGGAGAACAAGCACAUCACCUGGUUCGCCACUCUGGACGGCGGGGUCGGGCUCCUCUUACCGAUGCAAGAGAAAACCUAUCGACGUCUUCUGAUGUUGCAGAACGCUCUGAUCACCAUGAUCCCUCACCACGCUGGCCUCAACCCUAAGGCCUUCAGGAUGUUGCACUGUGACCGACGGGCCUUGCAGAACGCCGUGCGGAACAUCCUGGACGGUGAGCUGCUCAACAAGUUCCUGUACCUCAGCACCAUGGAGCGCAGCGAGCUGGCCAAGAAGAUCGGCACGACGCCGGAUAUGAUCUUGGAAGAUGUGCUGGAGAUUGAUCGGGUGACUGGCCACUUCUGAUGCGGGCCAGACAGAAGAUCGAGGGACUUUGCGGGUGGUUCUAAACCUUGCAACAGUGCCUGUGCUCUCUAAUGUUCAGCAAGUGGACUUGAGGGGUAACGCUGGAGACUGAAGGUUCUGUCUGUUGUGACUGAACACUGAGCCACGGACGGUCUGGGGCAGAUUUUAGGACUUGAUUUGUUAAUAUGGGUUUAGAUUGAAUGCAUUUGUAUGUUUUUCACAUUUAAAAUAUUUUGUAUUGCAAAAUGGAAAAAAAAUGUUGUUUUUUAAUCUG